AGGCGACACUGAAGCGUGAACCGGCUAUAUAACUGUGAGCGAAAAGUUAGCUGGGAGGCUACGUAAGUUAGCAAACUUAUCGACUGUGCUGCCACAUCGUCACAAACUGACAGCAGGGCCGCACUCACUUUUUAAUAUGUUGUCAAGGGGUUGAUUAUUGAGAUGUCAUCAAGAGGGGCCAUCCUCCAUUUGCAACCCUUCUGUGCAAGUCUAGAAAGCUUGGCUGAGGAAGACCGACUUCAACUCUAUUUGGAUAAGUUGUUUUAAGUCAACCAUGGCUCGGGAGGAAGAAGAAGAGGGGCUGACAGCCGAUGGGCCUAAAGAGGUGGACAUGUUUACGUCAGUGCGUUGCCUGGGUUACCUGUCCAGCGUCAACCUCCUCGUGGCCGUGUGCGUUGGCAUGUACGUGCGCUGGGAGGUGACGAGUGAGCCAAUGAUCCUGGUCAUUUUCAUCCUGGGCCUCUUUGUCCUGGGAAUAGCCAGCAUCCUCCAUUACUACUUUGCCAUGGAGAAAGCCAGUCUCAGCCUGUUCCAUUUGUGGUUCGGCUUUCUGCUCGGCCUUCUGUGCUUCCUCAACAGCCCCGCCUUGGAUGCUAAUGUCAAGGAACUGGUCGCCAACUAUCUCCUCUUAGCCAGCGUCAUCAUGAAAGUGAUGUGGGCUGUAACCGAGCGAAUAUGCAGCGCCGUCCGUUACAAGCCCACCUUGCUAACGUCAACUGAGCUGCUGGAGCUCCUGGGAUUUGGCAUUGCCAGCACGACCAUGCUUCUUCACAAGUCAGUGGCCAUAAUAGGCUUGGUGGUGGCACUUGGAGCUCUCAUCGUGGACCUGAGGAUGAAAUCCCUCCUGGCUUUGCCCAACCUGGCCACUUUUGCCUUGGUUACCUCGCUGGUGUUUUUCAAGGCCUUAGGCAUUGCAGCAAACCCAUAUGCAUUGAGCUGCUACCUGGGCAGGCUGCUGUGCGAGCCCGUCUUGGAUGUGUACUUCAGCGGGCUGGGGGCCACCGAGCGCUGGAUACCAGUGCUCUCCAUGGGGAAGGUGUGGAGGAAGCUAUCCCUACUGCCUCUGAGUCUGACCGAGCUGGCCUUCUUUGUCCUGGCUGCCUUAAAGCUUGGCCACUUGGAGCUGUGGUAUCUGGUGAUCCCGGGCUUCUGUCUGUUUGGCCUUUUCUGGUCCAUCUGCCACGUAAUUGUGCUGAUCACAAUAUGGGGCUUCCACACAAAGCUGAGCGAGUGUCAGAAGGCGUGGCGGGCCCAGCGAUCCAGUAGCCGCAGUCUGGAGCAAGUUAUGGCCUCAAGGGGCAUCAGACACUUCUGCCUCAUUUCAGAGCGCCUGGUGUUCUUCAGUAUACUGUCGACGGUCAUACUGGGAGCCGUGUCCUGGCAGCCCUCAAACGGUCUCUUUCUCAGCGCUCUGCUGGUGGUGCUGCCUCUCGAGUCCCUGGCCCACGGCUUGUUCCACGAGCUGGGCAGCUGCCUCGGGGGAACCUGUGUCGGCUACGCCCUGGUGAUACCUACUGCCUACUGCAGCGCUGAUGGCCAGCCCGUUCUCCUACCGCCCGAGCAGGUGCAGCAGCUGAACCUGCGCUCCACUGGUAUGCUGAACAACGUGCAGCGCCUCUUCUCCCACCACAUGAUCCAGACGUUCGGCUGCGACUACUCCACCAGCGGAGUUUCGCUGGAGGCCCUGCAGACGAAGCUGCGCAGCUUUCUGGAGCUGCGCACAGAAGAUGGGCCCCGCCACGACACGUAUCUGGUUUUCUACAGUGGUCACACGCACAAAGGCAACGGCGCUUGGGCUCUAGCUGGAGGUGAGAGCUUCCACCUUGGCCACCUGCUGGAGUUGUGGAAGGAGAAGAACACCAGCCACUGCUCCCGUCUCAUCCUCGUCCUCGACACCGAAAACUCCCUCCCCUGGGUGAAGGAGGUGCGCAGGAUGGAGGGCGUCUACAUAGCCGUGCAGGGCGCCGAGCUGUCCACCGCUAGGGUGGACCCCGAGGCCGGAGACAUCCCCCUCCUCGGGGACUUCACCUCCGAGUGGGUGGAGUUCAACUGCAACCCAGACAGCGACACCCAGUGGUCGGACAAAGGGAGGAGCGUGAUGGCCGCGUACGGAGUCUCCAAGCGCUGGAGCGACUACACGCUUCACCUGCCCACAGGAAGCGACGUGGCCAAGCACUGGAAGACCCACUUUCCCAAGGCGACAUAUCCCAUGGUGCACCUCUCCAACUGGUGCUGCGGCCUCAACCUGUUCUGGUUAUGCAGCGUGUGUCUGCGCUGCUUCCGGAGGUGUAAACUGGCUUGGUUCCCGCCAGCUGUUCUGGACACAGGGCAGGGAAUUAAACUGGUGCACUCGUAGAAAUGAUAUGUAUUUUUGCAUCGUAUUUAAUUGCCAUAACGUGGAGAUGUCCUGCUGGCAACUUCAUAGCAAAACAUUGACUCAGUAUAUUAUAUAAUUUAGCGGAGAAUGAGGGAGUGAAAAGCCAAACAAAUUAACAUCCUGCAUGAUCUUAAAGAGAAACAAGAUUUCACAGUGACAGUGGAAAAAAAACGUAUUAAGUAGGUCACUAUGGGUGUUUUUAUGAGGUAAAAAAAAAAAAAAAAA